AUGCAAGCAGCUGCAACGGCUAAAGUUGGCACUUUCCUAAAAUUACUUUUCCGAUGGAGAGGAAGCGUCUGGAAAAUAGUUUGGAAGGAACUUACAAUUUUUCUUUUUCUUUACUUUAAUCUCAGUUUUCUGUACCGAUUUUUUCUAAAAGGGAACGACUUUGGUUCCACAUUCGAAAGAGUUGUCCGACAUUGCCGUUCACUUUCUCGCGAAGCUGCCACAGUUCUCUCUUUUGCAAUGGGAUUCUACGUCGCACAAAUUUCUGACAGGAUAGUUUCAUUUGCCCCUUAUAACCUCGGAUUGCUAAUGUGUUCAUACAUAAGGACAAGAAGUGAUGAAAAAGAUGCGAACACUGACCGCAUUAUUAGGAGAACAGUGAUGAGAUACUUCAUACUAUGCUAUGUACUGGUUUUUCGAGACAUCAGUGAGAGGAUUAGACGGCGGUUUCCAACGUACAAUCACCUGGUCCCGACGUUAAUGACAGAGGCGGAGAAAGAAAGAAUCGAGGGAGAAGAUAUAAAACGGGUGUACUGGAUGCCUAUUGAGUGGGCCAUGCAACUACUAAAAAAGUGUUAUUCCCGACAUCAAAUUGAUGAGUAUCAUUUCGCAGUGCUCUGCCAGAACAUUGCCAAGUAUCGUGAAAUGAUGCACAACCUUCUUUCUUUCGACUGGAUCAACGUUCCCCUUGUCUACACUCAGGUUGUGCACAUUUGUAUAUUGGCUUAUUUUGGCAUUAUAUGUUUUGCGAACCAACCCAUCAGAGAAGAAGGGCGAAAGGCAUGGAUUCAUGAUUUUGUGAUCCCAGGAUACGCUAUCUACGAAUUUAUCUUUUUUGUAGGAUGGCUCAAAGUUGCACAGGUAAUGCUCAACCCAUUUGGAAUGGAUGAAGAUGAUUUUGAGAUAGAUAUGCUGGUUGAAAGAAACUUGCAGGUCGGAUAUUCCUACGUGGACACUAUGUACGACAGGCUACCUCCAUUAGUAUAUGUUGGUGUAACUAGUCUUCCUCAUACGAAGGCAUCUAUGGCCUUGAUAUCAAAAGUUACUCCGAUGGUUGGAUCCGUAGCCAACGUUAAAGUACCGAGAGCAGAACAGAGAGUGAUCAGCAAGGAGGAUGUGGAAUUGAUUCGUAAACUAGUGGGACCCAAAUUUGGCCGCCGAUUCGCCGAUUAUGUAGCGCGCAAUAGACAAGUCGAGAAAAAUGAGAAACGUGAGCAGGCAAGCGAGUCAUUGAAAGGGACAACCAUAACAACGACACCUGUUUCACAAGAUAGAAGGGAUGGCUCCCGGAAAAGUCGAGCUGUAUCACGCACUUGUAUAUCCCACGAAGCAUCUAAAAAGGUUAAGGAGGAUAUGAAUCCAUGGAUCGGAGAUUUGGAUGCUACACAGUCCAGUUCUGUUAGAAAACAGAAACCAACUCCGGAACCAAGCAGGAUAAGAACAGUGCUAUCAACGCAGCGCUCCAAAGAAGAUCUCUCAGGAGACUAUCUGGCAAGAGCUCGGUCGUUACAACCUGCUCCUACGCCCUCUUUUCCUUACAGUAACAAUGUCGUUGGACCUCCAGAUGCGAAUGUUUCGAAGCCAACACCGUUCUUAGAUCCCUCCUUCCAAAAUAAAAAUAUCGAUAUGAAGAAAGAAAAGCCAACAGAAAAGUCAAAAUCAAAGAGCGACAUUAUCAAAGGAUUGAAAAGUACACAAAGAACAAUGGAGAAAUCUUAUAUCAGAGAAGAUAAUGAGGGCGUUUCCAAGUCGACCGAACGCAAAAAUAAAAUUGGAGAUGCGUGGAAAAGCAGAAAAUCGGCGAAAUUGGUGCAGCUGAAUGAGAAUAUAAAUGAGAAAAAGCAAAAGCGGAAGGAGGAGCAUGCAGGAGCAUCGAGUUCUGCGUCUAUGCAUGUUGGAUCGAGUAAGAAACCUCAAAAGAACUCACGUACAAAAAGAAACGAACAUAAAAGUGCAAAGGAAAAAUAA